AUGCGGCCGACUUCCAUAGGCCGAGUCUCCACCAGCCGCUCUCCCCUGGCCUUCAGGGCGGUCCGGAUACUUGGCAGCGGCAGCAACUCGUGCGAGCGCCGGUGUUGGCUCUUCAAUGCAGCCAAGACAACCACGGUUGAGUCCAUCGUGGUCGGCGGCGGACCGGGGGGUCUCGCGGCUGUCGGCAACCUCCUCGAUAGCCUCCCUGGCAAGCUACCUCAGCUCUGGGUUGAUCCUCACUUUGCUGCCGGCCGGGUCGGCGCCAAGUACCGGGAGGUGCCCAGCAACACCAAAGUCGCCCUGUUCCUCCAGUUCGCCGAUGCCGUUGCUCCCUUCCGGCAGAUUCUUGAGAAGACCCCGGCGCCCAAUGCUGCGACUGUGCUGCAGAAGCUCGCUCAGGACAAGGGGUGUGAGCUGGGGCAUGCUGCUGAUCUCUGCUUGAUGCUUACUGAAGGAAUUCGAGAGCAUUAUCCUUCCCAAGUGGAGCAGCAUCGUGGCGAGGUCGAAAAAGCCGUGCUUGACGAGCAAACCAAUACCUGGACAGUGAGUCUAGACGAUGGGAGGGUCUUCACCACCGACCGACUCGUUUUGUGCACAGGAUCCAGUCCAAUCACCUCGCCUCUGCCUAUCCUAAAGCAAUUGUCUGACAGCACUCCGAGCACGGCCCUCACUCCCCUUCAUCUAGACACUGCCCUGAAACCCUCUCUCCUAUCCCAGACAAUUGAUCCGUCCUCGCCGGCAACCGUCGGCGUUGUUGGUGCCUCUCAUUCUGCCAUCCUGGUUCUGAUGAACUUGUAUAAAAUGGCCCACUCUGGCUCCCACCCCAACCUUCGCGUGAAGUGGUUUACCCGCCACAACUCGCUCCGAUAUGCUGAGCAAAAGGACGGGUGGAUUCUGUAUGACAACACGGGCUUGAAGGGCGAUGCCGCGCAGUGGGCUCGUGACUCCCUAGAGCAGGAGGUCUUCGAGAAAAGCCCCGUCUCCAGAGUUGUCACUAGAUUUUUGACGGGCGGCGAGAAUGGUGCUGAAGAGUCCAUUUACAAGGCCGAGCUGCCUGGCUGCACACAUGUCGUCCAGGCUAUUGGUUAUAAAAGGAAUACUCUGCCACGGUUAAUGGUCAAGGAGAAGUCAGAGUUCACCCCUCGACAUCUCACUAUUGAGCACGAUGCCCUGACUGGGCGCUUUCGGCAGAUAGACCACUCAGGCGAGAAAGGCAAGGUGCAUGUGCCCAAUCUGUUCGGGGCUGGCAUCGCCUUCCCAGAAAUGGUGACAGACCCUGCUGGCAACGUGGAGAGCGCUGUCGGGUUUUGGAAGUUUAUGCGCUUCCUCAAGCGCGUGGUCCCGGAAUGGGUGAGCAAGCCUUGA